UCAGUUCACCGGUCUUCACGCCAAGGCUCACCCAAGAACUAUUCCCUGACCCCAACCAGUGGACAGAACUGCCAAGUGAUUCCGUGUGAGAACAUCAUCACAGUUAUUGAGCAGUUCGAGGACAGCCUGUUUAUUUGUGGGACUAAUGAAUACCUGCCUCUGUGUUGGAAAGUGCAUCCAAGGGUGGGCAACCUGUCAAGCAGGGUGAUACAAUACAGAGACGGGGCAGGAAUCUCUCCCCCAGUUUACACACAGAACUCAUUAUCUCUCACAGUAGAGGGGGACCUGUAUGCUGCCACAGCCCUCAACAGAGAUGGCACAUCCCUACAGUUUCGUAGGAAGGCUGGUAACAGGGCCAGUGUCUGGAUGCACGAUAAGUGGCUGACAGACCCAACAUUUGUCUCUGCCAGCUGGAUCAGACGAAGAGAAGACCCAGACCAGGAGAAGAUCUACCUCUUCUUCAGGGAAAAGAACUUGGACCCUAACCCCGAUGCCGAUCCCUGGAUCUCCAGAAUUGCCCGGGUUUGCAAGGUGGAUGAAGGUGGGCCAAAGAGGUUCUCCCAGAGCAUCUGGACGUCGUUCUUGAAGUCGCGGUUGGUGUGUAGGAUUCAGGGCUUGUACUUCAACCAUCUCCAGGAUGUGUUCGUCCAACCCGCUGAUGACUGGCGGGCUAGCCGGGUCUAUGCCCUCUUCACCAGCAGCUGGAAUGCCUCGGCCGUUUGCGUCUAUUCCCUGGACAAGAUCGAGGCUGUCUUUGAGGGGUCCUCUUUUAGGGGAUGGAGUAAAGAGAUUCCAAAUCCAAGGCCUGGAGCAUGUGUCGCGAACAGUAAGGGCGUUCCCGUGGAAACCCUCCGAAUCGUAAAGGACCACCCUGAAAUGAGCGACUGGGUCUGGCCGCUUCACCAGGCUCCUUUCUACGUCAGCGACAACGCCUACGCCAAGAUCGCCGUGGAUGACGUCACCGCUGUCGACGGCCGCCCUCAUAACGUGCUGUUCCUCGCCACCGACAAAGGAAUAAUCCACAAAAUCCUGGAGGACAACUUCACACCCUUUGUCAUCUCUGAGAUUCGCCUUUUCAACCACUCUGCUCCUGUUCAAUCCAUGAAGCUCCUCUCCAACAAGGGCAAGCUCUUGGUCGGCUUCAGGGAUCAGGUUGCCCAGCUGGACCUGCGGGGUUGCCGGGGUUACGGCGCCUCCUGUGCCGACUGCGUUUUGGCCCGUGACCCGUACUGCGCUUGGAGCGGUUCAGCGUGUGCUCCUACAGUGCGGGGAGCCAUUCAAAACAUUGAUGAGGGCACCGUCGAUGUUUGUCACCAGAGCGGAACAGAUCAGCAGUAUCGCAGACAACCGUCACCUGACCCUGUAGUUUCCCACUCCCCGCCCAUGGGCACGCCCUUUUACCUGUCCUGCCCCAUACGGUCCCACCACGCCUCUUACACCUGGGAGCACGGCGGGCGGAGCAGCCCCUGCGUGACUGCGCAGACGCAGCUGCAGACGCAGUAUGACUGCCUGCACCUCAUCCCCGUUGUGAGGGAGGAGCACUACGGGACCUUCGAAUGCAUCUCCACGGAGCGGAACUACACCCAAGUCCUCCGGUCCUACCGGCUGCGCCCUCCCGUCGACAGCCGCGCGGCGAGGCCAUCGCGACCCGCCGUCACCGCAGCCCUCGCGGGGCUGGCCCUGGUCCCCGCCCUCUGGCACUAAAAUGAAGACUUAAAUCCACAAAGCGUUCUUCACCAGCACUAGGAAAUGCAGGAGCUUUUGCCCUGCUCUCUGUCUAAAUGUAGCAUUGUGUUAAUGCUUGUAUCUCAGGGACUGAGGGGUAGUGAGAGGAUGAGAUGGGGAGGUGGUGUCGGCCACCCUGCCCUCUGCAAUAAGCAGGAAAGGGUUUAACAUCCGAAAGUAAAUAUAUUGCAAAUAAUAAUAGCUUUCAAUUAUCUAGCAGAUGUCAGUCUCAAAGCACUUAUUAUUAUUAUUAUUAUUAUUAUUAUUAUUAUUAUUUUUGCAACUAAUGAUCAUAAUAGUCAGUUUCAAAACACUGUUAUUAUUAUAUUGCUAUUGUUUUUAUUAUUUUAUUGUUGUUGUUAUUAUUAUUAUCAUUAUUUAAUUUAAUUAUAUUAUUGAGAUAUUUAUUUAGGCUUUGGCUUUCCUCUUUGGGCAAGUAGAAUGAGCAACUGAAAAUCAUCCCUGACAUCAAGCGUGUGUCUAAACAGACGGGUCAUAAGUCAAAGAGAAACUAGAGCGUGCAGUACAGUGUGGUGGUCUCUUCCUCUGUGGUUCAUAACUGCUAUCUCAUUGACCACAUGAUUCACUGUGCAUUAAAGUAUUGAACUCAGUGUGAGGUUACCUCCUGAAGAUGUGGAUGUUCUGCUGGUGUGCCAGAGGCUCUCACUGGUGUAUUGUGGUAUUGAGUUUUUCAUUGGUAGGAAUUUUCUGGAGUUUGCAUCACUUUCAUGGUACUUUGGGCCUUUAACUGCAGCUGCUGACCUUCAAUAAUGACAUGCGAUGAUUCUGACGAGCGUUGGCCGGCUGCAAAGCUUUUCCCGGUGUCAGAAGUGCUAAUGUGUUUCUUCCUUGUCUCUUUCCUACACUGUCAGAAGAAAGUGUUCUUUUUUGUUUCCAUAGAGGGAAAGUUCAAGGGUUCAAGGGUUCUUUGUUGGGCAAAAUGGUUCAAUUUGGGAGCUUUCACUCUUCUCACUCCUAACCAAGAUGGUUCCAUAAAGAAGUAAAUUGGUUCCUCUAAGGAGGUAAGCCAAAGAACCCUUUUGUAGGGUAGAGAUUGUAGAUGCUGUAGCGUGUCUAGAAAGGGCUGUCAGAGUUUGAGGUCUUAUUUUCUUAUGAUCAUAUUGUUUCUAGCAUGUGUUUGACAGUGUUAUAGGCCAGGUAUUAGCCAUUGUGAGUUGCACAGUAGACUGAGUAGAGUAAUGAAUAAUUAAGUGCACUUUAGUUUGUAGAUUGUGUGGACAGGGAGAGGGUCAUGAAUUUCGUUUCUUAAUGGCCUGUCUGGCUUACAUCGAGACUGCAGAAUGCAAGACAUUUGAAGGGACUUUAUGCCCAGCUCAGACUGAAAAUUCGGUGGACUGCACAGUCCUUGUCCAAAAUGGUAAUUAAAUUAAAUGAUUGCCAUAAGUUUUGAGUAGGUUGUGAGUAUCUCUUUAAACACCUGAUUUAGGAUUAGAUUUUUUGGAUCUCGGAGAGUCCAGCACCCUGUGACGUAUGUUCUGAAUCUCAGGAGAUUCUCCUGAGAUUCUAAAACCACUUUGUCAACUGAGUACUUUUUGAUCUGAGCUGGCCUUUAGAAUACAGUGGCCUUCAGAAUCUCAUGAGCAUUGCUGCUAGUCAACACAGAAAUGUUAUUUAUUCAUUAUGUUAGCACACACUCUUAUCUUGUGUAGGUGUCCAAGCUAUUAUUUUAUCUGUUGAUACUGCUGAGCACUUUCUGGCAUUAUUCACCUGACAUUCCUUAUGUAUGGUGCACUGGUGACUUUGUCCCCUACUGGGAGUUUCAAACCUUUGUAUAAAUAGUAUAUUUUAUAUUUACAGUAUAAAUAAGUCUCAUUCCUAAAGCACAAUGAAGUGAUUAGAAUAUCCAAAUGUUACGUAUUGUCCAUUAUAAUCACCAAAUAAGUUUGUCAGUAUAGCAAUAUCAGAUUGACCUUGUUACAAGGAUACUGUCUUGAUCAGUUCCAGAAAUAUCAAUCCCCCAUUGAGCAUCAAAGCUAAGGGAAAUAAUUAUGAUUACAAAGGGAAACAAUUUUAUUAGUAAUGUAGUUAUUUGACUGUUUAUUUAUUUAGGUGAGCAAACAGCAGCUUAAAGAAUUAUUUGCGUUUCAGUGCUUAAUUUUGCUUAAAGUAGUGAAGAAUAUUGAAAUUUAGUUCAUGUACUGUUUAUUUCUAUUAGUGAGUGAACCUCAGCUUUAAGACUUCGUCCAUACAUUCCAAUAUUUAAUUUUCCUUUCAUAAUGUUUAUAUGGGAUUUUUUUCAACUUUAUGCGUGGUAAUGUUUUUCAUAUAAUUGUUCAGCAUUCCCCUUCAUUGUGUAUGCAUCGGUGUCAACUGAUGGUGCUUAGUGAGCUGAUUUAUGACAGUUCAGAUAUGUACUUAAAAAAAGAGCCAAAUAUUAACAUAAGAACAUUUUGGCUGUGUUUUGUUUUGUAUUAUAUAACCCACUUUGGAAUGAUAAAUGCCAUUUGGGAUGAUGGAAAUUGGAAAAUAGAUUUCCUUAAAAUAUAGACCAAUAUUGUUUUUAGUUUAAACUAGAACAUGAUAAUUAGCAGUUGCAAAUGAUUCUAGAUAAUUCCCCAAAUGAGUGUUUGAAAGAAUGACUUGUUCGACGAACUCUGCAUCUUAUUUUCUAAACACAUUGCACAAAUGCAGUCAGAGCUGGAUAUUAUUUUGGUUGAAGUUAACUAGUAUUGUAAAAGCAAUAAACACUGUUUCGUGUGAAAA